AUGCUUGAAUUGAAGAACAGAGCCCCCACUAAUGGACUUCUCCCAUUGAAGUUCACAGUGUUCAAUAAUCCAUCUAAAAUUUCAACAAGCACCCCAAUAGCUUUCACCUCCUCCAUUGCCACCAUGAUCAUGAGUGACAGCAUCUCCAGCUCGGACUACUUCAACCUACCCGCCUUUCUCUUGUUCCUCAUUCUCAGCUUCGCAAUCUUUGUGACAUUCAAUUUUGGCUCUCGAUUUGGAUUCAAGGGGCAUGUUGUUCGACGCCAUGAUAACCUGCUCCUCAAGUUCCCACCCCUGGAAUUGAAUUCGAGCAAUAACACGAUAUGUACAAUCUGUCAAAGUGAAUACGAGGUAGGAGAGAUAGUGAGGGUGAUGCCACAUUGCAGGCACAUAUUCCAUCCAAGUUGUGUUGAUACUUGGUUGAAGCAAAAAGCUUCGUGCCCGAACUGUCGCGCGGCCACAGCCUUGUCAGCUACUGCAUCACAGCAGCCACGGCAUGAGUCUACUUUAGGGUUCUUGGAUAUGAUUUUGUUGGAUGAUGACUUGUGGUUGUUUCACCCGGCCUCAUGUUAG